UUUUUCAGAUACUGUCCUUUUCGAAUGAAUGACAGAGAUGUCGUCAAUUUGUGUUUUGGCCUUUAUAUUGUGUUGUAUGUGCCUGCUGGAUACGUAUGCAGAUGUGAUUUGUAUGAAUACCUCCCGAUCUCAGAUGACAGACGAGCAGCGGUUAUAUAAGAAGCUGAUGUAUAAUUACGAUAGAAACACGAGACCCGUGUACAACGCCUCUCAUUCCGUCCACGUCAACAUCAGCAUAUCACUGACCCAAAUAUUCGACCUGGAUGAGAAAAAUCAAGUUCUGACUACCAACAUCUGGUUGGAUCAGGAGUGGGUGGAUGGGAAGUUGAGCUGGGACCCAGCUGAUUAUAACAAUCUGACAGUGCUUCGUAUUCCGUGUACCAACAUCUGGUUACCUGAUAUAGUCCUCUACAACAGUGCUGAGGACUACACAAAUGGGUAUAUGGAGGCGCUGGCGAUGGUGUCACAUGACGGACAGGUCUUCUGGCCACCAAUCGUCAAGUUCCGCAGCACGUGCGAAAUCGACAUCACCUAUUACCCGUUCGACGAUCAACUUUGUAAGAUGAAGUUUGGGAGUUGGGCCUACGACGGGUCACAGGUCGAUGUUUUUAAUACAACCAAGGGAGUAGAUUUGACAAACUUUGUGCUCAAUGGUGAAUGGGAAUUAUUAGGUGUCAAGUCUAUACGUCACAAUAUUCGCUACCCAUGCUGCUCAGAAAUGUUCCCGGAUGUGACGUUUUGGAUCCACAUCAAGCGUCGCACGCUUUAUUACACGUAUAACGUCAUCAUUCCUUGUGUUAUGUUAUCUGUUUUGACGAUGGUAGGAUUUUGGAUCCGCCCCGAAAGUGGCGAGAAAGUAUCGCUAGGGCUCACCGUCCUCUUGGCAUUCUCUGUCUUUAUGUUACUUAUUGCAGAAAACAUGCCAGCCACUUCUAACUUUGUCCCAUUGAUAGGUAUUUAUCUUACAACGGUGAUGUCUCUCACAUCAUUCUCCGUCAUCAUGGCUGUUGUGACGUCAAACAUUAACGUCAGAGGAUUCAAAGAGGUGGAUCUUCCGAGAUGGUUUCGUAAAUUAGUUCUAUUUUGUGCAAAAAUGAACUGUAUGAAACUGACCUAUGUAAAAGACACAGAUUAUCGAGCGAGAGAUGAUGAACAUGCAAAAGAAAAAUAUUAUCAGAUGCACACGACAUUCUCAAAUGACUCAGGUUGUGCUUUGAUUGACUACGAGAACAACAGCACGAAACAAAAGUGUGAAAUGAACAAUGCUGGUCACGUGAGAGAAGUGGAACUCGGCAGCGACUCAUGGGUCACCAGGGAGAUUCUGUCUCGUCUGCAGAUGUUAGUGGAUAAGGAGGAUGAGAAGGAGAGGUCGGACUUGUUGUGUAAGCGGUGGAUGGAGGCAGCAGAAGUGAUUGACAGGUGCUUGUUCUGGGUGUUUAUCUUCGGUACCUUGUUAUCUACCAUCAUUCUGCUGAUGGUUAUUCCAACAGUUCGUCCCUUUGAUCGGCACGGCCCGGAGUUUGCUACGUGAGACUUGUGAAAUACUUUAAUAAAGCACGCACAGUGCUUGGACCUAAGUGCUAGACAACAUGUCUCAUCAAAUGAUAUAUGAAACCUGCACUCAAAUGAUAUGAAAGAAAGGAUGACAUUUUUCAAGAUGCAACGGAAGACCAUAUUUUAAAUGUACAUCAUAAUUUCGGGGUUAGUGGACGAUUAACAGUUUGUCAUUACAAAAAGAGAAUUGUAGCAUCUCGUUACCAUGCAAACUGAAGAAGCGUAAUUCUGGUCUAAUUGCAUAACAAUUAAAUGACAUUGCUGCUACACAGAAAAUGACUGUUAUAUAAGCCUUGUUUUACUUUUUAUCUAUAAAAUGUGUAAAACUGGGCAAAAUACAGCAUACAUAUUACUUUAAUUUUAUGCAUUUAGUAAAACUAUAUAGAGAUACUCAAAUGUUUGUUUAGUAUGAAAUGUAUUUUACAAGUGGGAUGGGAAUUUGAGGUAUACUUUUACGAGUGUGAAGCUUCUGAAUAUUUUAUUUUAACAGAUUUAUAUUUUAUUUUUUGUUAUAACAAAUAACAUGUUACGAAAUUGUUAAAACAGAUUACUA